GGAGCCAUCGCCCGGCCCAACCCGCAGCGCCCCCGGCCCGCCCGCCCGCCGCCACCAUGCUGGCGCUGCUGUCCCGGCUGCUCGACUGGUUCCGCUCGCUCUUCUGGAAGGAGGAGAUGGAGCUGACCCUGGUGGGGCUGCAGUACUCGGGCAAGACCACCUUCGUCAACGUCAUCGCGUCAGGUCAAUUCAGUGAAGAUAUGAUUCCUACUGUGGGCUUCAACAUGAGGAAGGUUACAAAGGGUAAUGUUACAAUAAAGAUUUGGGAUAUAGGAGGGCAGCCCCGAUUCCGGAGCAUGUGGGAGCGAUAUUGCAGAGGAGUUAAUGCUAUUGUCUACAUGGUAGAUGCUGCAGAUCGUGACAAAAUAGAAGCCUCUCGAAAUGAGCUGCACAAUCUUCUAGAUAAGCCCCAGUUACAAGGAAUCCCUGUUCUAGUACUUGGAAAUAAGAGAGACCUUCCUAAUGCUUUGGAUGAGAAACAGCUAAUUGAAAAGAUGAACCUUGCUGCUAUUCAGGACAGAGAAAUCUGCUGCUACUCAAUUUCUUGCAAAGAGAAAGAUAAUAUAGAUAUCACGCUUCAGUGGCUUAUUCAGCAUUCAAAAUCUAGAAGAAGCUGAAGUCUUCCUGGAAUCUCCAGUACCAGUUGGCCAUAAUCUCAAUUGUCCACUUCCCUCCAUAAUGAGAUACUACCCCAAAAUCCUGUAUCAAGAAUCUGCCUUUUCACGGUUCAUCUCUCAUGUGCACUGCUGAAGACUUGUAUUCCUAUUCUGUCACAAAACAACUAGAGUUGUCAUGAUAAAGUCAGCACAAAUAUUUAUUUUACAACCAUCUGUGGUGGGAGGGUUGUGGGGGGGGGCUUUUUAAAGAAAUAUCUCUACCAUGUUAACUACGAUGGUACACUCUGUUCUGGUUUUUCAGGGCCAGGUUUUUAUAUGAUUUUCAGCAAGUGUUUUAUUUCUAGUGUUUAGUGGCUUGGAGAUGCUGAUGCUUGACAGCAUUAAGAUUCUGUAAGAUGCCACAUACAGUAGUUAGAAGACAUUUAAGCGUGAGUUGUGGGAUACUGAUCUCACACAUGCAUGUGAUGUGUGUACGUAAGCAGAGAAGUGGAAACUGUUUGCAGAGGGGAGCACAAGGCGUAGAUCAGCAUCACUAUUCUACAGCUGAGAUCCUGUCACUUGAAAAAGAAAACUCUCUUGAUGAAUUAGGAAAGUCAUCUGUUUAAAAUCAUUCUGUUGCUUCUGUUUAACAUUUAUGUGGGGGAUGGGAAUGGACUGUUCUGUCAAACUUUCAAAAAUUGGAGUAUUCCAGCAUGAAAACAAAUCACUAGGAACAUCAAAUACAUUUUUCUAUCUCCAGAUACUCGUGGUCUCUCUCUGAAACCAGAACAUGCAUUCUGAGCAGCUGCAUGACACCCAAAUUACUGAUGCUGUUGUAUCGAGGCAGUUGUUGACCUUUAGCACAAUGUGUGUGUAAUUGUCAGUGUCUGUCCUGCUCCUGGAAUGGCUGGGCACAGUUUCACCUGGUGCUAUGGAAUACCUGGGCUAUUGUGACAACUCUAGACCCGCCUGCUUUCUCCAUGUACCCAUGUGCAAAGCCUGUCAGAUGCAGUGAACCGUUUUGCUGUGUCAAAGCACAAGAGAGCCAAUGAAUUGAUCCUGUCUCUUGACUAGCUCCUGCAGCUUAGGGAAGUGUGUAUAAACCCAAGAUUGUAAUCUUUCUGUAGCUUUACUUUCUCAGUGACUUCAGCAUAUUUAAAGGGACAGCCUUGCUCAGACUGGUUUGUUCAUCCAGCAGUGUCAGUGUAGCUCCUGGUGUGUGCACAGCCGUGGUGCAGCUGCUUGUGUAGCCUCACACUGUGUGUGAUUCCUCCCCUCGUGUGGUUUGCAUCCCGUGGGAGCCCCGGGCUGGGAGCAGUCAGUCCCCCUCAGCUGUGACAAGUGUUCCUGCAGGCUGCCAUGGCCCUCCUGUGUGUCCCAGCUCUGGCACUGCUGCACAGACACUACAUGCUGCCUGCCUUCAGUCUGAAGUUGCAUUUUAACUUUUUGUCCCCUUUCAGUUCUCUGAAGCAUGAUUCAAUAAUCCAUACUCUGGUGCUGUAGAGGAGAGGGUGUAUUAACUUGCUGCUGUAGUCCUGAGUUCACCAGAACUGCUACAGUUACUUUUAUUUAGCAAAUUUGCUUGUGCCUAUAAUAAGGAAACUAAACUAGAAUGUGUGAAUCUUUGUGGGGGACCAGGUCACUGUUUAGUUAACUGGCCUAUAGCUAAACUUGAUGUGUUUGGUGUUUAUCUACUUCACUGCUUUCAGCGUUUCUGGCAUCCAAACACUACCAAUUGUUAACCUGUGCAUUACUCUCUGCAUGUGAACAACUUAUACAAUUACUGAACUUUGUAAAUACGUGAAUUUUUUUAUUUAGGUGGAUGCAUAUGUUGGUUUACUGCUCUUCAGCUUUAUUCAAUAAACUUAUGUUUUGAGGGUUGUAUUGACACUUAACUGCCUGACUUGAGUUGAUGUGGCUGAACUCAUGGAAAAACACAAUGGGAUGUCUGUCUGCUCUGCCAAAGAUUACAGUGGGGGAAAGAUUGAUAAAUACCUGAGCUGCUUUAUAUUCUGUGGUUCAACUAUUCCAGUGAAAUGCUCACAAAACUACCUUUGAGGCCUGGGGCUUGCUCACCUUACCUCAGCAAACUCAGGUAGUCUGAGCAGAUUUCAGGGCUUUUUUGUGUGUGUGAAAAGCACGGGUCAGCUGCAGGGUCUGAAGUAGGGGCAGCCUUCUGGAGCUGUUCUCAGCAGAGAAAUGCAUGUGUCUGCAAGCUUGGUUCUUGUGUCAAGCCUAGAGUAAAACCUUUGUUUUUCUAGCACAAGUGUCAGAUCUUGCAGUGCCUGAUCAUUCUCUGCCAAUUAAAGCAGAAAAAUUCUUAUCUCAGUGGAAAAGUGAGGCUUUUGUUGACUGAGGUCUUGAACGAAAUCUUUGCUGUGAUUUUAAUUCGAAGUUUCACUGACUGUUCUUCCCAAAGGUUUUUGUUGUAUUAAUUUCUCUUAGGACACUGAUUAAUUUGUAGGACUGUCUAUCAGCAUCUUCCAAUUAAUGGUAAGAAAUUGGAUGUCUUGUUUCAGGCUUGUCUCCAUGUAAGCUUUCAGACUUGUGAGCUGUAUCAGGUUAGUGUUUAGUCCUGAGUGCAGGUCUUUGAGCAUCCUUCAUGUGCACCUCAGCUGGGAAGGACUAGUGAACUGUUAAAGAUCCUGUGCACAUUUGGGAGUUUCCUGCAUGCAGAACAAGCUCCCUGCAGUUCACAGUCCAAGUAAAAUGUCUCUAGACCCAAAUCUGAAAACAGUGUUAGUGCACUCAGCUUGCCAGCCUGCUUGGUGUGGUAGCAGCAGCAGUCACUCAGUAAAUCAGCUGUGGUGUGAACUGUGUGGAACUGGCCCACAGCUCUUUGCUUGAUGUGGUGUUUCACUGCCAGUUUUGUUUCUAGGUGUAAAUAGCAGGGAGAGACAGGGCCCCCUAUGACGUGUGUGCUCUAAAAUGUACAUUUGCAGCACUGCCCAAAAUGCUGUUUCACAGCUGCUCUGCCAGCUGCCCUUGGUUACUCCUGUGGCAGGAAGGAGACCUCAGAGUGGCUGUUUGAUUCCAGUGCACAGGGCUGCACUUGGUCUGGUUCUGGUUUUGGUACCUUUCCUUUGAAACAAGGGAAGUGCAGAAGUGUUUCCUUCUCCACACCUUUCAGCCUUGGACUGAAAACAGUACUCAUCUGACACUUCAUGUCCAAGGUUAAAUCUUUCGUGGCCUACUAAAGGUGUGGAGUUCAGGCAUUAGCAGUGGUGGUUGCUGAUCUUGGAUGCUGUAGCUGUGUUGUAGAAAUGUAAUCUCACCAUGAUUGCUUGUCUGAGGCUUUGUUGUGAGCAUGCACAGUAAAAGAGGCUGAUUAAAUUUCCCAUUCUCUUCACAAAAGUUGCUUUUGGGGAUGUAUUUUAGUUUUGUAAGUUAGUGCAUUUGACAUCAACAGCCAUAGCCCUGAAACUCUUCUGAUGCAGGACUUGACUGCUGGCAUGUUAAGAAAAGCAGCUCUUGUGAAAAGGCAGACACUGAGCCAGAGAGAACUUGUGGUGGGGAAUAGCUGGAGGCUGGGCAGCAGUCCUGCCUCUGUGACUGGUCCUGGAGCAGCAGUGCUGAGAUGGGGAAUGUUGUGCUUGUCCUUGUGAGUUUUCCUUGGAGUGUCCCUGUCCUUGCAGCUUCAGUGUGGAUGGUGAUUCCUUCAGGUUCCUUACAGAGCAGGGGAGUUCCCAUCACCCAGGGCCAGCUGCACAGAGCAGCUCUGUCCCACUUGGCAUCAGGAAAGAUGCACAAAUGUGGAGCUGUUCCACGAUCCCUGGAACCCAUAAUCCAGUUUCUCAGUGAUUUGUGUUUUUGCAUCGUGAUGGAAACAGGUUGGAAAGAUUUUGUGUGCUGACACAUCAAACUGCAUAAUCUUCACUUUCUGGUAGAAGACAAGGCCAAAGAAAAUGCCUUAAACAGUCUCUCUGUUGAAUCUAGAAUGUUGUGCAGGGAUCUGUAAUAACCUGAGGUAUGGCUUAGCAGGAUUACCAAGCUUUUAACUUGCCUGAGGUUCCCUUUGUCGUUGCCAUGGCUGUGCAAUGGCACGUCCUGGUUUGCUCUGUGCUCCCCCAGCAUGCCAGCACUGCUCCCCUGCCUUGCUCCUGCACUGACCCUGAGGAGUGCACCCCAGAAAGGGCUGCACAGCAGGUUUAUUUAGCUGUGUUUGUAAGCUGACACAGACAGUGAAUCGUGUUCAAGGAAAAGUGUGUGAGUGCCUGAGCUUCAGGGCUUUAGUUCCCAAAGUGUGAGUGCAGAACAGUUUGUGGCACCAGACCAGGACCCUGCAGAGAGAGCUCUGCUGCUCAGGGCUGCAGCUGCUGGGUGUUACAGCGUGUCCUGGUGAAACAGAGGGGUGUUCUCUCACCUGUCACUCCAGUGGCAAACACCAAUGGCACUCAGAGGGGCUUUGCACAUACUCUUUAAAAGGAGAAGUGAAAUACUUGAUGUUUUUAUUUCCCUCCCAGUGGAAGGUGGGUAAGUAGACCUUUGUGCCAGGAUUAGUGCCUUUUAAUUAUGACAUGACAGGUUUUAUUCUGUUAAAGGCAACAUCUAUCAUUGUGAUAAUUUUGAAGUGCUUCAAUAAAGUGUUGUUGAAAACCA